AUGGAAUACGCGACAAACUGGCGAUACGAAAAUGGCGAUCAUCCUCGAGUUCAGUGGAGUGUUGGAGAAGUGACCGGCGUUCUCGUGGGAAGCGCAAGCAUCGUCGAAAGAGGAGCCGCAGUCGUGAGCACCAGCGUGAACGUGGUUCGAGCGGUAGCAUCAAGAAGCGUAGCAGGCAGUGUGAGGAAUCGAGGUCCGUGGCAAGCGGCGAUCGUUAUGCACCCCCACUUCACACGUACCGUAAGGAGCAUCAUAGAAGAAUUCCGUACCUGCGACGACCUGCCAGCGCUUAGUUCUAGAUACACUAUAAACCUAACUAACAACCUCAGAAGAGUAAAAAAGAGGGCGUUGACCUUUUGGUUCGUCAUUUAUAGCAACUGCAUUCUGUAUAUACUCAAGCCGCACGUGAUACCGGGUCGGCACGUCAUGGAAGAUUUCUUUAUACUCUAUGGCUUGGAGCCGAUGUUCGAAACGCCCAACUACGAAAUCGCUUUGUUCACACUAUCCGCUAGCUCGGUCUUCAUCGGGCACCUCACGUCUAACAUAACGGCCUUCCACAUCGCAAUAACGGGCUACGUGGAAGCGCAGAUGCUGGCUUUGAGCGAGGAACUAGUCCACUUGUGGGACGACGUCGUAAACGAGCAUCAAGAUGCGUUGAAUACAGAUAAAAAGAUUCUCAACGAUUCGGUGAAGAAACGUCUGAAGGAUAUAAUAGAGCGGCACGCGGUUAGCUUGAAUCUGCACAGACGUGUCGACAGUCUCUUUAGGGUCGCGAUCGCGAUUGAGUUCUUGUUGCUGGUGCUGGCGUUGACGGCGGAGCUGUUAGGUGGCUUGAAGAACACUUACAUGGAGGUGCCUUUCGCGAUGUUGCUAGUAGCGACGGACUGCUGGACGGGCCAGAGGGUCGUGGACGCCAGCGACACCUUCGAGGCGUCAGUAUACGACUCAAAGUGGGAGAACUUCAACAAGGAGAACAUGAGGACGGUAUUCCUGAUGGAACUAAUGGUGCAACGCACCCUAACGAUGUCAGCUGGUGGCGUCGCCAUGUUGGACCGGGCCUGCUUCAUGUCUAUCAACAAGUACAUCUACUCGACUUAUACCACGUUGGAGUCGGUUAUGAAA